ACAGGAACUAAAGAGCCAAUCAGCUCCGAUAUACAAGCAUGGUGGCGUACAUGCCGACGACAGCGGCCGACGUGGAGGCGGCGGAGGGCCUCAGAGAUGCCCAGAAGGUGGUGGUGGUGGAGAAGCGCUCGUACACGGCCUGGAUGUGGAGGCUGUCGGCGGGCCUCCUGGUAGCGGCGCUUUGCUUGGGCACGGUGCUGCUGCUGGCUUGGUACUGGCACGGCCGAACCGACGCCAUGGCGCCUUCGGUGGGUCCCACGCAAGCUCUGGUGGGCGACGAGGAGAAGUCCGAUCCGCAUAAUACGUUGAAGAAGAUUAGCAGUAAAGCUAAGGCGGCUAUUCAUCUUGAAGGCAUUUACGAGGAAGGCAAAAAGGAGCUGCAGUGGCGCAACGGGCAAGGUCACGCCUUCGCGCAAGGCGGCCUCAACCUGCAGAACAACGAGAUCGUGGUGCCGCACACCGGCCUCUACUUCGUCUACAGCCAGGCGUCCUUCCGCGUCACCUGCGACGAGAGCCAAGGGGAGACGGGGGGCAAACGGCCCAUGCACCUCAGCCACAGCGUGUGGCGCUACUCCGACUCUGUGGGAGGGAAAUUCUCGCUUUUGAGCGCCGUGCGCUCGGCGUGCCAGCAGGGCGGCAAGGACGGGGAAGCUCGAACGGAGCAGGGCUGGUACAACGUCUUGUACUUGGGAGCAGUCUUCCAGCUCAACAAGGACGACCGGCUGUCCACCGAGACCAAACGGCUGUCCGAGCUGGAGACGGAAGGCGCCAAGACAUUUUUUGGCGUCUUUGCCCUCUGAAGCGUUUCAAAUCGCAUUUUUUACUCUUAUUCACGGCAUGCCCCAGAAUCCCUCAUUCAAGUUUUUUUUUGUUUUAAAUCCCUUACUUUGAUACUUUUAUAAUGAUUUUUUAUAUUUAAUUUUUUAGGCUUAUCCUGGCCUGCGCUUGAAUCCUUUUUUU